AUGGAGGACAGUGACAUGCCGCUGGAGAGGGGCGCAGGAGGAGAGGGAGCAGGAGCAGGAGCAGGAGCAGGAGCAGGAGCAGGAGCAGGAGCAGGAGCAGGAGCAGGAGCAGGAGCAGGAGCAGGAGCAGGAGCAGGAGCAGGAGCAGGCGUGGGUCUUACGGAAUCAGCUGGGGAAGGGAAAGCAACACUCCAAGAAAGUAUCUCAGACCAUGGCCAUACUCAAGAACCCUACAAGAUCCAGGUGUCUAAAGUGAAGAAUUCAAACGUGUUCUACCUUGCCCUGUGCAAGCGGGUCUUCCUAGUGAAGGACGUCCUAGAGCUCAGUGGCAGCGGCAGUGAGAUGUCAACAGCGAUCACCAUCUCUGAGAUCUUGAAGAACAGUGGAGUUGCUGAAAGAACCAGUGAGUUGAUGUGA